AUGCCGGAUAGUUGUUGUGCAAUAGGAUGUACUAACCGAUGAGGAGACAAGCCUGGGCUAUGCCUCUACGGAAUCCCGUCCGAGAAAGAAAAUCCAGAAAGGAGGAAUUUGUGGAUUUGUGCCAUUAAACGUGCCUCUGUCCCCGAGGAGGGCAAACAAUGGCAGCCAUCAAAGUACACUCGUAUUUGCAGUGAACACUUCAUCAAAGGUGCCAAAUCUGAUGACCCGUUGUCCCCUGACUGGGUUCAAUCAGUCUUCUCACACACACCAGCCACAAAGAAGAGGAAGAGGGAGAAAGACAUGGAGAGGUAUGAGCAGCACAACAGAAUGAAGAACAAGAGGGUUGAGAAGAUGCAAGAUGCAGUGGAUGAUCUCCUAGAAUUGUCAUCAGUGCCUGAUGCUGAGCUGGCACCACCUGCUGAAGAUGAACAACAGUGUGACAACAGACAAUCCAAGGAAAAGUUUGAAAGAUUGCAGAGGGAAUGUAAUGACCUUAGGGAGGAAAACCAAAAGCUGAAAGACAAAAUUAAAUCAGGAACUUUUGAUGAACUAGCUUUUGAAAAAGACGAUGAAAAAACUGGUAAUCCAAAUAUUCGUAGCUUGAAACAGAAGGAAAUCUGA